AAUUAACUGAGGGAGCCGGGACUCCCUGGGCCGCAGUGGGAGUGGUGCGGACCUGCAGCACGCCGGAGGAACGGAGCUGUGGCAGACCUGUAAGAGCGCGGCUCUUCCUCGAUUUCGAGAACCGUCCUCUGCGGGUGUAGAGCAGUCCUCCUCCCUGUUCUUGGUGGCGAAUAAUUUAAAAAUGACGACACCGAACAAGACACCUCCUGGUGCUGAUCCUAAGCAAUUGGAAAGGACCGCGACAGUGAGGGAAAUUGGGUCCCAAGCUGUGUGGUCACUCUCAUCGUGCAAACCAGGGUUUGGAGUGGAUCAGUUACGAGAUGACAAUCUAGAAACUUACUGGCAAUCUGAUGGCUCUCAGCCUCAUUUAGUGAACAUCCAAUUCAGAAGAAAAACCACAGUGAAGACGUUGUGUAUCUACGCAGACUAUAAAUCUGACGAAAGCUACACUCCAAGCAAAAUCUCAGUCAGAGUAGGAAAUAAUUUUCACAACCUUCAAGAAAUUCGGCAACUUGAAUUGGUGGAACCAAGUGGCUGGAUUCAUGUUCCUUUAACUGAUAAUCAUAAGAAGCCAACCCGCACAUUCAUGAUACAGAUUGCUGUUCUAGCCAAUCACCAAAAUGGAAGAGAUACCCACAUGAGACAGAUUAAAAUAUACACACCGGUGGAAGAGAGCUCCAUUGGGAAAUUCCCUAGAUGCACAACCAUCGAUUUUAUGAUGUAUCGUUCUAUACGGUGACUUGGAAAUGGGACAGAAGUGAAAAAGACAUUUGUUUUAUCCUGUCAUUGCAUAUUAUAUCAGGUAUCUUUACUGGAAAAGCAUGUUAUUGUACAAGUUUAUAUACAUUUUAAACAUUUUAAUUUAGAUAAAUAAAUAACUUUUGGGUGAUACCUGUUUUCCUUAUACAAUAAAGCUCAUAUAUUUUAUAUUGUUAAAAAUGAAUUUGAAGCCAAUCUUUACAUGUUUCUUUAUAUUAAAACAAAACUAGUUAAACUGAAAAUUUCAAGAUGUGUGUAAUUUUUUUUUUUUUUUUUACUAGCAUGGUGAUUAUUUCAUAUAAUGGUUGUUGGGUGUUCGGGAACAAAAUUCUGUUUUUCUAGUGUACCUGUAAUUUUUAUUAGCCUAAGAUUAAUUUUUUUGUAGAGGAAGUUUAAUUUUUAUAUGUGUGAUCCUUUUUAAACAUAAUAUCAAAAUAAACUGGCACUAGAUGUCUGUUAUGAA